GUGAAGACACUAGCACAGCCCCAGCGGGAAAUCCUAUCUGAAGCCGAUUUGGAUAAACUUGUUGAUGUGGUCAUCUCGGAGACGGACACCUUUUGGAUAUUCGAUCUACCCCCGGUCGUCAUGUCGCACGACAGUGAAGAGGCUCAGCAACAACUAAAACGUAACGCUGCAUAUAAGGCGCUUCUCUCGUCCCGUCUCGGUAACGACCGGUACAUGGAAAGAGGAAUGAAUACAUUGAACUGUCCAGUUAUACCAAAAUCUGUUCAAACUAAUCGGAUAAUCACCUUUGAAAAGUCAGCCAUGGCCACCGUAUGGGAUAUGGCCGAUACGUUCCAAGAAGAGGUACAGGAUGCGGAUAAACUUGAUUCCAAGCAACCUGAAACUGUUGCGGAACAAGACAAAAGUCCGUUUACCGGUCCAACUGAGGUAUUGGAAGAUGGAGGUCCAGCCGAACCGAUCUCACGGAGUGCGGUAUUACGAAACUUUUCGGUUGUCGCCGAUGCCGUUCCAGGUUCUGCAACUGUUGUUUCAGAUACCACGAUGCUCGGGAAUUCCAUAACGCCAAUAAUGAAUCCUCCUGCUCUGGAACGUUCCGAUACGGAUCCAUCGAGCGUUGGAACACGCAUACCCGGGAUUACAACAGUGGCCACAUUGGAUGAGAAUUCCGCUGGUCAUGCAGCCACAACUAGCACUAAACUGGCCGCCGGGGCAACAUUGGUUCUCGGUAAUGGUGCACAAAAUGAGAGUGGAGGAGGAACGAGCGUUGGCGGCGGUGGAAGUACAUCGGGUGGAGCCGGUGGCGGUGGUGGUGGUGGGAGUGCCACAAAGGCAUCAAGCGCGAUGGCCGGAAGAGGCAGUGAUAUGCUCACGCGCAAUGAUCGUACCGCACUCAAUCCCGACACAGUAUUGCUUUGGCGAUAUCAGUGCUCAAUGACAAAAGGAAGAAACAUUUCCGAUAUGGCUUGGAAUCGAGAAGAUCCAAACAUAUUGGCCGUGGGUUAUGGACAAUACGAAUUCGAAAAUCAGCGAAAAGGUUUGGUCGGCAUGUUCAGUGGCGUGAUCUAUGUGUUCGAUGUUCGUAAGAAUACACCAGAGCCGGUGAUCGAUACAACUCAUGCAGCUGGGAGACAUUUUGGUGCAGUGCGCAAACUUUUGUGGGUUGUUCGUGAAUCAGGUCGAGCCGAGAGUUUGUCCGAGGUGUUGGUUUCCGUUUCCACAGACGGACGAGUCACAGAGUGGUUUGUUCGCAAAGGUUUCGAUAGUACCGGUAAGCGUUUGUGA